GCCAAACAAAAUCCCUAAAAUAAAAAGGGAUAGGUCUAUUAGCGGUUACUGGUUCUCAACUUUUCCCGUUUUCGCUUCAAAUAAUAGGAAAAGGUAUUCGCAUUUACGUAGGAUUCGAUUCGGCACGUAGAGAAUUAUCGUAUAUAAAAAUAUUUAAAAAGAAAGAAUAAAGCAGAGUGGUGAGAAAAAGAAAAGGUCUAGGGGAAAUCGAGGAAAAGGAAGGCAGUUACUGUGUAUAAUAAACAGUAGGAAGAAGAAGCAGAAGGAAUGAGUGCGACUCUGUCUCUAACUCCGAAUCCUUUCGGUUACACUUACACCACCAUCUCUUCCUCUUAUCUCUCUCCACAUUAUCAUCAUUCCUUCGUCAAGCAUAAACCAAACCCUAAUUUCAAUCCCUUAUUUGUUUCUCUCUCUAAUCAUGGGAACUGGAACAAGCCCACUCCCAAACCAUCCCUCUCUAGACGGACGUGGCUUUAUGGACAUAUGGAUAGAGAUCAAGAUAGAUACAGUCCCGAUUACGAAUUGGAAAAUGGUUUAGGCUUCUUUGGCUCAGAUGAAGAAGUUUUGACGCAAAUUCCAACUCAGGCCCAAUCUAUCGUCGAAGGAUCAGGGACGGUCAGGGUAUUGGAGUACCAGCCAUAUCCUGAUGUUGAUUAUCUACAGGAGUUAUUAGCCAUUCAACAGCAAGGACCUAGAGCUAUUGGCUUUUUUGGAACACGGAACAUGGGAUUCAUGCACCAGGAACUAAUUGAGAUUCUUAGCUAUGCUAUGGUUAUAACUAAAAACCACAUAUAUACAUCUGGAGCAUCUGGGACAAAUGCAGCUGUUAUCCGAGGUGCUUUAAGAGCAGAGAAACCGGAAUUGCUUACAGUUAUAUUACCGCAAAGUUUGAGCAAACAGCCUCCUGAGAGUCAGGAGCUGUUAUCCAAGGUGAAAAAUGUGAUAGAGAAGCCCCAUAAUGAUCAUCUACCACUAUUAGAAGCCAGCAGGCUAUGUAAUAUGGAUAUCAUUUCACACGUCCAACAAGUAAUUUGCUUUGCUUUCCAUGAUAGUAGGUUGCUGAUGGAAACUUGUCAAGAAGCAAAAAAUUUACGGAAGAUUGUGACUCUUUUCUACCUUGACUGAGAUAAUUUUUACGCAUGUCUAUACAUUAUUUCUCCGCAUAAGUGGGGGUUGGGAGAGUAGUGUCUAUUUUUGGUUUGUAAUUAUAGUAUUAAUUUAAAUGUCAUAUUGCUCUAAUUUGCCUCUUUGAAGUUUAGCUAGAAAGGUAAUUUAAUCAUACUCUUGGAGAAUA